AUGGGGAUUCUGCCUAGGCCUAGUGACACCACAUGGAUGAUCCCCCCAAAUGCCCCCUCUAGGCCUGCCCUCUCUUUUCAGUGGCAAAUGGUCAAAGUGGAAGUCACUUGGAUGAAACACCACCAUAUGCUUGCAUUAACUACCCUGAAUCUGCUCUGCACUCAGCACCAACAUAAACAGAUAUGGGAUAACACAAUCCUAUUUUUUGACCACAUCUCAGAGGUUUUCGUAUUGGAAGAUGAACAUGAAUUGAUUGAUGUUGAUCUUGGGGAAUUUCAAGCCAAAUAA